GUUCCAUAAUGUACAUUAGACUCUAAGAGUUGUGCCUUGCGAGCCGUGGACCGCAGCUUCAUAUUGAAUUGGAAACAGUAUUUUUGCGUUGGUUGCCGUAUGGAGUGAGAAGUCGCUUGCGGGGCAUAUACACCUCAUCUGAAAGUCAACAGUUUGACUCGACUCUUUGACGCCGCAUCAACGACUGAUCGCUCCUCUGCAGUCGUAUAUCACCACUUUCCAUUGCCAUCACCUUGGUGGACUACUAUGGACUUGAACUAACCGUCCUCAUCCAUCAUGGGCUUCUCUCUUGCUAACAAGCUCUUGAAGCGAGAGAUCGCCGCGGAGAAGAAUCGAGCUUCGACAGUUCGGGGUCUCUAUGGCGAUUCUUCUUGGGUGGACGAUCUAGACAUCGUCAAUGAGCUAAAUGGACAUAGUGGCUGCAUCAAUGCACUAAGCUGGUCGAAGUCCGGGAGACUGCUUGCCUCUGGCUCAGACGACACCUAUGUGAACAUCCAUACCUACCUCCCACACGCCUCCGACUCUCAGUUCUCAUACACCACCGCAAUCCUUACUGGACAUGAACAGAACAUCUUCUCGGUCAAGUUCAUGCCGUACACCAACGAUCGCGUCAUCGUCACAGCAGCUGGAGACCACGAGGUUCGUAUCUUCGAUGUGGAAUAUAACAGCACGUCGAGAUCAUCCACUACAUUGCCCUUCGGCCCCUCGAACCCUCGGAGACGGGGUAGACCACAUGUGCUUCAAAAUGGGGUGUCAUAUCUGAGCGCUGGAGAUACCAGCGCCAAGGUCUUCAGAUCACAUUACGAUCGUGUCAAGCGGAUCGUGACCGAAUCCUCGCCAUAUUUCUUCCUUACGUGCUCCGAAGAUGGAGAGGUGCGCCAGUGGGAUAUCCGAUCCCCUGAAUCCGCUUAUCCAAAACGCGACUAUCGGAACGUGAACGACCCAUCCAUCCCGCCUCCGCUCAUUUCCUAUGGACGGUACCAAAUCGAUCUCAAUACCAUCUCCUGCUCGCCUUCGCAGCCUCACUACAUUGCUCUCGGCGGCACGCAUCCCCACUGCUUUAUCCACGACCGACGAAUGCUCGGACGCAACAAGUUCGAUGAGCGAGGCUCCCCAGCCCCUUCGUCCAGCACCACGGGAGACAAAGACGAUGAGGAUAUGGCCGAAGCAACUCAGUGCGUGCGAAGACUAGCUCGGAAUAGAAAGACGUCGGUCGGGCCUCGUAACUCGGACCAUAUCACCGCUUGUAAAAUCAGCGACGCGCAUCCCAACGAGGUCAUCGCGAGUUGGUCGAAUGAUAACAUUUACUCGUUUGACAUCGUCCGCACGCCUGAUGCCCGAGAUGUUAAGGAGGACUCGCAGGAGGCAGAGGGUAGUCAGAGAAGCCAAGGCCGAGUCAAAUCCUCACCGAGCCUGAAACGCAAGCGACCGGGAGGUGAAAACGCGUCCCAGAGUGGUAGCGAUGGACGGUCUGGGUCACAUCCGAGGACCGAUGACGGCUCCAGCACGGAUAAUCAGGGACCCGCCAGCGUUGCGAUCCGGCCUGACCACGGGUCUGCCUCGGCAUCGGAGGGCCAGGACCACGAGCAGCAAGAGAACGGCGAUUCAACUCCACAGGCACCGACUUCGGCAUCUCGCAGAACACAAGGACCAUCUCAGAAUGUUCAAACUUCCGGCGUAUCGGACUUGCUGAACGCGAUCACUUCGACGAGCGUGGCAGAAGACAGCGAAGAGGAGGAGAUUGAACGGUUCUUGGAGCAAAGUGUUUUGGGCGUUCAUCGGUCACAUCAGGGGGGGCAUGGGACUGGAGGUGGUGGCGAGGAUGAGGCUCAAAAUGAGGAAGAUGAAGACGAGGAGGAGGAGGACGAAGAAGACCAUAACGAUUACGAAGAGGGCGAUGAGGACGACGAGGAUAACAGUGGAUCAGAAGAAGACUCAGAGGACACCUCGUCCGACGAAUAUGGCCCGCAGAUGUUGGGAUUCCCCGCUCGAGUCCUGCACAUGAAAUCGAAGCGAAAGGUCAACCAGAACGUACCAUGUUUGCCGCACAUGCGAACGUAUAAAGGGCAUUGCAACACCCAAACCGUGAAAGAUGUCAAUUUCUACGGCCUCAACGACGAGUACGUGGUGAGCGGAAGCGAUGACGGCAACUUCUUCAUCUGGGACCGCCAGACAGCGCGGCUCGUCAACAUCCUCGAAGGCGAUGGCGAGGUCGUCAACGUCGUCCAAGGCCACCCUUACGAGCCGAUGAUCGCCACCUCGGGGAUCGAUAACACCAUUAAGAUCUUCAGCGCGGACGCUCGCGCACGACAUGCGGCGAGAAUGGCACUGGGUGUCUCGGCGUCGGAUCCCGAGGAGCAUAGUUCCAUCCGUCUUGGGGGACGAGCCGCAGUUCGUCUGCGAGAAUCGAGCCCAGAGGAAUCAACCUACGGAGGACCAAGCAGCACAGGAGCGACCGGACCUUCCAAUAGGUCCCGUUCUCCCUCGACGGCCUCAUUGUCAGGGAGUGACCGAGGUCCCAAUUUGGAGCCGGCGGUGCUCGUGGACGACGAGCCGGAGGAUAUGGAGUUCACGGCGCUAGAUGGGUUGUCGUCGAUGCAGCGCAUGGCCGAGGAGUAUCAGAUCAUCGCGGCGAACGAGAGCGAUGGGGCUGCGCAUCGGGUCUACACAGGGCAUGCGGUGGCGGCGCUCCUGGCGCAGCAUCUUCAGGGUGGAGAUGAGCAGUGUAGGCCGAUGUGAGGGGUGAGGCAGCCAUUACCCAACUACCUAGCCCGUCGUCUAUCCAAUGAAAUAAACUCAUAUCCAAUUU